AUGUCUUCUCGUCAACCCAACAUGGCCAAUAUGGCCCAGGGAAAUACCCAGCAGCGAGCUGCUCGUCAGCAGCAGAACCAGAGCCACAACCAGAUGACUGGUGGUUUCGCUUCUCCUUCUGAGAAUGCAAACAACAACACCAACUCUGGCAGCCCCAUGGUGGUUGGAACUCAUCACUUCAACCCUCAGCGGGCCCAAAACUCCUCUUCUGCUCCCGACAUGACCUCGGGCAACUCCAGCUUUGAGAGCUUCACUCAGACUCAGACCCCCUUCAUGCCCACCAACCAGAAUCAGUUCCUUGGCGACAUGCAGAACUCUGUCAUGGGCGAUGCUCAGAUGUCUUCCAUGGACGACCCGAGCAUGCAGCCUCUUUUCUUUCCUACUCCACCCACGGGAAAUGUUCAGACUCCCCUCAUGAGCAACACACAAGCUUCUGCCAUGAGCAACUCUCAGGGUUUCGCUCAGCACAUGUCUAGUCUUCGCGCCAAUGCUCCCUCCUUCACUCCCGGUCAGAACAGCCCUAUGCCUCAGCAGGGUGGUGCCCUCAUGGCCAACAUGCAAUCCAACAUGACUCCUCAAAUGCGCGCGCACAUGCAGCAGAUGGAGAUGCGAAUCAAGAAGCAAGAAGCUAUCAUUAACAGCAUGAUGAUGCGACAGUCUGGGUCUUCUGCCCAGUCCAGCUCUCAACACGGACCAGCCCUUCAGAUGCAGCAAACCCUUCAGACGCAGCAGCGAAUGCAACAGCGAAACCAGACUCCUACCACUCAGGUUCCUAGCCCUCGAGCUUCUACUCCUGGAACACCUGCUACUCAAGUUUCUGCUACCCAGUCUCGUCCUGUACCGUCCUCUGUUGCCCAGAAUCCUAUUGUACAGUUCCUUGCUGUUCAAUCUCCUAUCACUGAUACCUCUACAAAUGAGUCUGUAGCUACCCGGUCUCCUGCUGCUGAGUCUCCAACUACUGAGAUCUCUGGUUCUCAGGCCCUGAAUGCCAACCCACGCUCCAUGUCGUCUGGCCGAGAUUCUCUUGUGCCUCAGAGGAACAGCACCUUGGGUAGAGUCUCGAGAGUGAUGAAACCUGCCUCCCUCGUUAUGAACCCUCGUGCACGUCUUCUACCCCAGGAUGUCAGACCUCAUGCCCCUCUUCCUCCUCAACACAGCCUCGGAGACUUCCUUGUUAAUGAAAGUCUGGAGGUCGUCAUCCCUGACUUAUUUCCUGAGCAGCCAUCAACUGUCCAAACUUCUCCUACUGAGGACUCUUCAGAUGAUGAGCCUUCUACUCCGGCUUCUUCUAAUGGCUUUGCAUCCAUCGAGGAUUCGUCCAAGGAGUCCGUCUAUGCCCCUGGUCUCUUUGCUCCUCCUCGCACUGAUGGACCCAAGAAGCUUACUCCAAAGGAAAAGAAGAUUCGCAAGGCCGAGGACAACGGCGAGCGAAUCUUCCCCAGCCAGCGCCGCGUCGUUCGCAUCGAUCCUGAAGAUCCCCGAUUGGUUCACGAUGAAAGUGGUGUGCUUAUCACACCCGAGGGUGAUGACUACAACAUCUACUACCUCCCCGGACCCAAGAAGCUCGACGCCGAUGAGCUCAACAGAAUGGUGGCAGAGUUUCGAGCUGAGAAGGCUGCGAUCGAUGCAGCUGUCAAGAAUGGCGAGUCGAUCGAGAACUUCAAGUCUACAAAGAGGACGAGGAAGUCCAAGGUUCCCAAGAAGCCAAGCACUCCCAGGAAGGCUAGAGUCCCCAAGCCCCCAUCCGAGAAGAUCGUCAACAAGAAGCGACGUAAGCGCACUACUACUACUUCUACUACUCCUGUCGCUGGCGAUGCUCAACUUACCACUACUCUCGGCACUCAACCUACUCUGAACAACGGUUUCAUCGCUCAAGCUUCCAACGACCCCUUCACUAUCCAAACUAACACUGUCCUCCCUGCGCAAUUUGCUGACGGCAACGCAUUCAAUCAGCAGCCUUCGAUGAGCUUCUUCCCUCCUCAAGUUACUCUUGACAGUGACUUGACCACCCAGCCAUCCACUACUGGCAUCACUCAACCACCUACCACUGGCGGUUACUUGACUCCUCAAUUCACUCAGGACAGCAGCUUCACUUCUCAAACUACCAACGAUCAACUCAUGGCCGACCUACUUAGCGACGACUUCACUUCUCAACCUUUCAACUCCUCCUCCGAUAUCAUCCUCCAGCCCACUGAGGACUUUACCAUCACCAACGACCAAAGCUUUGAGAUUCCUGCUGACCUCGAUCCCAUGUUUGUUGACGCUAGGAAUACCCCUUACGAGGACUUACCCCUCGAUACUGAGUCUUUUGCUCAAACUACCUCCUCACAAUCUGCCUCUUCCCAGUCCCCAUUGACUCCCGUCUCUGAUUCUGGCGCUGCCAAAACCCUUGAUUUCGAUCUUUCUGCUGUUGCCGCAUGGGUUCAUGCUCCUCAUGAUGACCAUUCUGAGGAUGCUUCUGCUGUCACCUCUCAAGACCAGCCAGCUCAGAUUGAAGCCAAUGCUUCCAUGCCUUCUAUUGUCGACCCCCCUCUUUCUGCCCUCGUUCAAGACAUUUCCGCCGAUACCUCUCAACCUGACCUGUCGUUCGGAGACAAGGACACUUGGUCUGUGCCGUUUGACGAAAUCUCCAUGUUUCCCCAAGACGAUGAACAAGGCACCCAGCUGCGCAAGGUCUCCAACGAGCUCGACCGACCUCUCCCAGAGCAGACUAAUAUUACGGCCUUUGUUGCUGACGUCCCCAACCCAUACAACCGAGACCUGGACGCUGAGCGUGUUCGUCUCAUUGAGCGAUUCCGUGCUGGUGGUGAGUUGAACUACACAGAUCGCAGUGUUCUUAUGCUUAUUGCGGGAAUAGACCCUUCUAUCGACGUCGAUGCUGUAAACAGACAGACUGCGGGAGUGACCGAAGGCAUGCCCCCAGCUGAUAUCCCGGCCUUUUCGGAUGAUGUCCCUCCAAACAUCUUUGCCAGUCUUGAAGACCUCCCUGAAAACAACAUUCGGGACCCUAACGCUUCUAAUGGUAACAACACCACUAUGUUCCCUGUUGCUGGUUGUUCAGACUUCAACCCUUCUGACGCUACUACAUCCGCACCUGCUACUGGACCUGCCUCAACCGUCAACCCAUCCCAGCAACCCAACACAACCUGGCCUCUUGCCGCACCUAAUCAGUCACAGGGCCCAGACAACGCCACUAAUGGAGCUUCCGAGGGAGUAUUGCUGAACCCUGACGUACUGAACCAGACAGCCACCACUACUGCCCCUACUGCCACUGCCACUACUGCCACUGCCACUACCAAUAACACCAAGAAUGGAAACAACAAGCGCAAGGCGGGUGAGGAUACCAGUGCCGCACCCAAGAAGAAGGCUCGCACCAAGAAGGCCCCUGUCCCGCAACUCGCGUUGCCCCAGUGUGAGCUUCGCUUUGGUCCUGGCGCGCAGCAGUGA